AUGAGCGGGGACCGACGUCUUGCCCUGCACUUCAUACCCAGUGCACAUACUGCGGAAAGUGGGGACACUUCACAUCCGUCUGUGAACCGCAUUGAAAACGACCAACGGAACCCACGUAGCAGCGGUAGUGAUACAGAAUACGUGUUCCACACAGAAUUCAUGGGCACCGCUUGCCAGGCCGACAUACAUGUAAUAACGAGCCCAGAAAAGCCCAUCAUCGGCUGGGAGACAUGCAAAAGGCUAGGACUGCUAUCCGCACACAAACUCUCAAUAAACCAUAUCAGUGACUCUGACACACAAAUCCCUCCCUCCACCCUUAAACUUCUGGACGACCAUGCAUCAGAAGUCCGAAGCUUGUUGGGGAUGACUAACUUCUGUGGUGCACAAUUCAUUCCAAACUACGCGACCCUGACUCACGACCUAUGUCAACUAACGAAAAAAAACACUCAGUGGUCCUGGACUGAAUGCCACAGUGAAUGCUUAAAAACAAUCAAGGAUGCCCUGAGCAAAGCAUGCUCACUCGCCUACUUUGACCCGAACAAACACACUGAGAUACACAUCUCUGCCGUGCUGUCACAAAGUGGACAGGUAGUACAAUUUGCAAGCCGAGCAUUAUCUGCAGUUGAACAAAGAUACUCCCAAACAGAACGCGAAGCCCUCGCUAUCACAUGGGCAUGUGAACAUUUUCAUAUAUACAUUUUCAGAGCACCAUUUACUGUGCAUACAGAUCAUAAACCUUUGACAUCAAUUUUUAACAACACCCGCUCUCAACUAUCGGCACGCAUUGAACGCUGGGUCUUGAGAACACAACCGUACAACAAGACCGUCAUAUACCGACCAGGUCAUGACAACCCAGCUGACUACCUCAGCCGUCACCCUAUACACUUGCCACCGAGCGACAGAGAACAAAAAGUAGCAGAAGAAUAUAUGAACUACAUCCUCUCAACAUCAACCCCCAAAGCAAUGACGAUUAAAGAAGUUGCAAUGGAAACCGCAAAGGACAAGACACUCACAGCCAUCAUACAAGCCCUCCUCACCAACAAGUGGUACGGUAUUGACGAUGACGUAGAUAAAGCAACAUUCCAAACUCUGCAUGCCAACCGUGCCGAACUCUCACUAGCACACAACGACAGCAUCGUUUUCAAAGGACGCCGGAUAGUACUGCCCAAGACACUACAAAGCAGAGCCGCCCAAAUCGCACAUACCGGACAUCAAGGUAUCGUGAAAUUCACGGCCCUCCUCCGAGAAAAGGUCUGGUUCAAAAACAUGCAAGCCCUAUUAGAAGAAAACACCAGGAACUGUCACACCUGCCAGAUCAACACCGACAAACCUGCAAGAGAACCACUGCAAAUGUCCCCACUACCAGCGGCCCCAUGGACAGAAGUCAGCGCUGACUUUGGACACCUCCAAAAUGGGAAAUACCUACUUGUCGUCACAGACAAGUACCCACGCUAUGUUGUUGUUGACAUCCUAGACUCCAUCUCAACGACAUCAGUGAUACCCCGCCUGGACAAAAUAUUUGCGGAGUUUGGGGUACCAGUAUCCCUCAAAACGGACAAUGGCCCACCAUACAACAGCAGCGAUUUCAAAGACUACGCAUCCUUCACCGGAUUCAAACACAGGAAGAUAACACCCCUGUGGCCCCAGGCCAAUGCUGAAACGGAACGCUUUAUGCGCACUGUAAAAAAGUCCAUCAAGGCUGCCCUAAUCAAAGGCCGAAGCUGGAAGCAGGAAUUAUUCAAAUUCCUACUGGACUACCGAACAACGCCACACUGCACCACAGGUGUACCCUCGGCCUCAGUCCUAUUUGGCCGAACCAUAAAAAAACGCCUGCCACACUUGAUCACAACCAUAGCUGGAGACCCCAGCAUCAGGGAGCGUGACACACAAGCCAAGACAACUAUAAAACGAUACGCUGACAGGAAAACAUACGUGAAACCCAAUGAUCUCAGAGUGGGUGACACAGUCAUUAUAAAAAACGACCACACCUCAAAGGCUCUCACACCCUACCAACCUAACCCAAUGACUCAUAGUCUUUCUCUAUUUCUUCCCUUUCCUUCCUUCCCGCCCCUGUUUUCUUACGAAGUUAGUGUCAGAAAGCUUUGUUCAACACUCAAUCUCAAUCUCUCUCUCUCCUCUCUCUCUCUCUCUCUCUCUCUCUCUCUCUCUCUCUCUAUCUAUCUAUCUAUCUAUCUAUCUAUCUCUCUUUCUUAA